UCUGGGGCUAAGCAUGUGUUUCAGUUUCCAAUAAGUUUCGUUCAUUUGAAUUCCAUAGAUCCUUAAUGAAGUGAACUAAAUGAAAGAUGAAGAACGAGUUCACAAAAUGAAUUUCAGCAAGACCAUGGUGACUGGCUCUAAGAAAGAUGUCAGAUUGUUGUUGCUUCUUAUCUGUUGUGUCAUGUGGUGUUUUUCUCAGUUUUCUAGAACCGAAGCAUCUGAAUUAGGUCAGAAAUUUAUAGGAACAGCAUGUUCAUCAGAUAGAGAUUGUAUGGCUCUCUACAUUACUUGUUCUAAUGGAGUAUGCAGCUGCGACCCAACUUUUACCUCUAGCAAGAUUCCCUAUUUUAUUGUUGCUGCGUGUAAAGAAGACAGGAAACUUGGAGACUUGUGCUCCUCAGACGAAGAAUGUAAAACACCACAUUCCCACUGUUCUGUUGGCAAUUGUGAAUGUGACUCUGGUUACAUCAAAGAACUUCGAGUUGGAGAGAAUGUUUGUGCAAAAUAUGAGGGUAAAAAUAAUGAUGUCAGAGUUUUGGAAACAAGGAACUCUCCUACAUAUGAACACAUGAAGUUUGAAUUAUCAAAAUGGCCACUGGUUGCUGCGAUCGUGGUUGUUCUGUUAAUCUUAACCCUGUGUAUAUACUUUUGUUUUCGACGAUGUAAAAGUGACCAACAACAGGGACCCCAACAACAACAACAACAGGCUCAGUCAUCAGCCAAUUAUCAGAGUUGUCCCCAAGCUAGUGGACCACCAGUAGUGACAGGUGCUCUUUCUCAGCAGAUGAAUUAUCUUCCAUACCCUUUAGCAUCAGGAUAUGGAGGAGGACCUCCCUCAACAAGUGGUCUUGGAGGCUCAUUUCCUGUUGGUGGAUAUGUUGCAUACCCUCCCUCUGGCACACACUGCUAUUAUGGCACUCCUCGACCAGGGGGAUACCAAGGGUAUCCACCAGUGCUCGGAUAUCCAGGCUAUAGCAGCAAUUCCCAGACAGAGCAAUAUCAAGGGUAUCCUCCAGUCUCAGGACCUCCAGUGUAUGGUAACCCUCCUCAAAUGGCUAAUUACAUGUGCCCACCUUAUGCUACACACUCUGCUGGAUUUUCUGAGUGCUUUCAACCAGCUGUACCUUUCCCUGUCUCAGGCGCAAGCUACCCACCACCUACAGCUUUCACCACAUCUCCUGUUCAUCCUUCGGCACCUCCUGACAAUGGAGAAAACAGACAGGAUUCACCACCACUUUAUUGUGCAUCUCAAGGCCUUCAGGAGGUUCAGCCAAAGUGAGAUAAUUCCAUGAAACAUCAGUUUGGACUCCUUUAUUAUACCACCCAGAGGACAGAGAGUAUAGGACAUUUGAUGAGAACAGCACAUACAUUGUGGAUACUUGUAGAUUCUAUGUGCACCAAAUAACCCCAUCCUUGCUCAUGUUUCCAGGCUUUCUUGUUUGAGUGGACCUUUAGUACUCAGAGUUCUUGACAUUUAUAGGACUUUCAAUAAGUGUUCAUUGUUUUGAACACUUUCACUAUUUCUAAGAAUUAAGGAUUUUAAGAUUUUUCAGAGCUGUUAGCAACUAUUAUAGGUUUUGAAUACUUCUUAAAUAUUAUGUUCGUCACCAGAGUUUUUAAAUAUUUUAAAAAUCAUUAAGCUUGAUGUGUAGGUAUGAAAUAGCCUCAUUAUAAAAUGAAAUCUGAUUUUGUUUCAUUUUUAUUUGAAAAUACAGUGGUUACCUCAGAAGCAAAUUUUGUCAUUAUAUCAUAAUCCAGGCCUCGACAAAUUUUGGGCACCAGAUCGCCAUGGUGACUAAAAAUUUCAUCUUGGUGCGUAGUAUUGUCUCCCAUUUUAUUUGUGCAUAGAGCUGUGCUAAAUAAAACUCAAAUCUAGAAUGGUUCUGGACUCUUGGAAGUCUGGAACUAUUUUUGCAUUUCUUGAGUCCUAAAUCAAAUUUUGUUUCUAGGAUUUUAGUGGUGGAUUCAGCACUUCUUCAUGUUUUUACAGGAAUGAAGUGCUGAGGUUGCACAACAUGAUACUAAUUUUGCAUCAUUUUGUUUUUCUUCUUUCUCUCAAUUCAACCAAUCAGUGCAUGUGUUUAGACUCAGACGGGACCAAAGGCAGUUAGUUCAGGCAAUACUAUGAAGUGGUUGUUGAUAUCGUGAUCAUUAGCAUGCACACAUUGCUGUGAAAGUAAACAAAUAUACGUAGCCCCCAUUUCCUGGUACAAACAGUUGUGAAGUUAGGUUAGGCACACCUAGCUCCUGAGUUUUUGGGGUAGCUCCUAGAUCUGAAAUAUUUGUCGAGGCCUGUCAUAAUCAGUUUCACACCUUAUAAGUGAAUUAAAGAUAGUUAUAUUCUUGCUUCAGGUAUUUGCUGUAAUUGGUAAAAUAAAUGAAUAUUUUCCUGAGUUAAACUAAUACAUUUACACUGAUGAAUCAAUUUUCUGAAAAUGUAGCUACCAAUUAAAUGAACUAUUUAUUUUAUAUGUUUGAAAUAAAAGAAAAAUUGUUCUUUUUACAAUGUAUCCAAACUCUUUUUGUAUAGAAACCUUGGCUUUUAAUUUUCUUUAAAAGUAAAGAUUGGGAAAAGUGCAAUAAAUUCAUGUAUUUUUUUUUUUUUGUGUAAAGUAAAAAUUUGUAUCUAUAAACCCAAGUAAUUUUUCUGAAGUUUUUUUUUUUUUAUCAUUGCAACUUUUUGAGAUUCCAAAAACCUGUACUUUUCAUUUGAAGUUUCAUAACUUGUGGGUAGAAAAUUAAUAAUAUUGUUUAUCGAAACAGAAAAAUCUUACUUGCAUAUUAAUCAUAUGUUGAUAGAAUACUCAUAUAUAGACUACAAAAUGUAUGUAUACUUUUUUUUCUCUUGGAAAAUUCUUCUUUAUUUUAAAAUUGAAAAGAAUUGCUUAGUGCUACGUAUACCUUAGAUAUGUUGUGCUUUUAUUGAAAGAUGUAUUUGUUAUAUUGUGGUGAUAGUUUUUUUCUUGUUUGUUUGUAAAUAUGACCCACAUUAGAAAUUAUAAGUUAUGGAAAGGAUGUGUGUGUCCACAUAAAGCCAAUAAUUAAUUUCCCUAUAUAUAUAUAUGAUUGUAAGAAAUCAUAUAUGUUACUUUACCUCCAAUUGAGCCUUCCGAAGAUGUAUAUUAACUACCUGUGUUGAUGUGUUUGUAUAUUAUGUUUAGUUUCUUGGGAAUCUUGCAGUAGCCAUUCUUGGUACAAAUCACAAACUUAAUAAAUAUUAUUUUUUUUUUAUAAAUUAAUGUCCAGGAAAAAAAAGCACAAAAAAUUAGCAUUUUGAUGCAUACUUUAGCUUGUAUUGUGGUUGUCAAUAAAGUUACAUAUUAAUUGGUCUGUAAAUUCUGGAUUAGACCAAUGUUUCUACUAGUGACCAUCCUGGGGUAUUAUACACCAACAAUCUUCCUUUCGAUGUUGAGAAUUUAAUGUGUGGAAGUUCCUAGGACAUCUGUGCUUCGAUUCCAUAUGCCCAUAGGCCUAAAAAAUACAACAUUGUUUCCAUUUUCUAAUUAAUCUUAUUUUGUUACUGUGACCCUUAAAAAAUGUUUCUUAAUUUUAGUAACUAAGAUUUUGACAACUGCCUUUUAAAUCCUGGUAAUUCACUUGUAAUGGUCACGAGUAAACUGCACCCUUCACUGGUCAAUUUCUACCAUCAGCAUAGUGACAAAUUAUAUGUUUGUUUGGCUAUUGUCAUAACUCUUGGAAAUAUUUGGUAUACAUUGGUACUAUUCAUAAUACUUCUUAGGCAUGUCCCAAGCCACAUUACUCUCACACACACACAGACAAGAAAAGCAAUAAAUAGAGGCUCAGUCCAAAUGACCUAGUUUGGAAUGUGCAGUGUGACAAAGUUGCAUGGUUACAACAACAUUUAUCAUCCAAUAUAGUAUUUUGAGACCUUCAAGUUUUUGAAUGGGACUUCCAAAAUUGAUGUGCUAGAAGUUCUGGACUUUCUGCUGUUGCAAAUUAGUGGAAAAACUGUGUUACACUGAAACCACUCGAUUCUCCGAAUAAAAUUACAUUUUCAUUUCCAUAUUUAAGAACAUAUUAUGUGUAAUGGUACACACUGUUCUUAUUGCUUUAAAAUGCAAUAAAAAAUUGCAUUUUCUGCAAUAAAAAACUUACCAACACAUUAUUUAGUACACUAACAUUUAACUUCAUAUCUUGUAUUAAACUUUCAACUAGAAUAAAAUAAAAACAUGCUGUGUCUUGUUCUAUGUUAUACCAUACACUAGACCGAAUCUUUGCAUUUCUUCUCAUUCCAACUUAUUUGUUGAAAAAGAGGAUUACAAAUUGUGUAGAUAAAAAAGAAAAAAUCAAAUAUGCUGUUAGGUGUUUAUUAGGAAAGAAAGAUGAAUUUGGAAGUCUACUCAAAACAUGAAAUCAAAGAACUGAAAGAUGUUUUGUAGAGCAUUGGUAGCCUCCCAUUGGUUCAGCAGUAUGUCUAAGGGCUCACAUCACUAAAAAACAGGUUUCAAUACUCAUGGUAGGCACAGCCAGGUCUGCCGACAGGAAAGGGGAAGGCAACUGGCCAUUAGCCCAGGCAAAUGAAAUCUAGUUAUGCCAUAAAGCCCACAAACCAACUUUAGGCUAUAUCUUCAUUUAAUCUUAAAAAAGCAUAGUUUUUGGCUUUUCUUUACAUAUAGACACUUGAUACA